UCAAACUGUCAACAGCAACACUCAACUUUCACACUACAUAUUUAGGUGUUUUAUGUAUCGCGAUUGUAAUUUAUUAAUUGGAUCAGAAAAUUUUGAGGAUUUAUGUUACUUGAAUCUGUAAUUUAAAAUCAAUAUGAGUUGUUUCGAAAAUAUCACGAUGCCAAAUUGUGUUUGGUUUGAAAGCGGAGAGAAGCGGAACAUCUACGCGUCCAUAUUCUCCGGGCUUUUGUUCUUCACUGGCUGGUGGUUUAUCAUUGAUGCAGCAUCUGUGUAUCCAGGAGAACUGCCCAAUGCAGCACAUGUGUGCGGUGUUAUGGCGACACUAUCACUGCUCAUGGUCAAUUCUGUUUCCAAUGCUCAGGUUCGUGGAGAGACAUAUACAGGAGGUUGUAUGGGGCCCCGCGGAGCACGGCUCUGGCUGUUCCUAGGCUUUGUGGUGGGCUUUGCUUCACUCAUCGCAGCCUGCUGGAUUUUGUUUGCUAACUAUGUUAAUGCAGGUGGCUCGAAGCAUUCUUGGCCAGGCGUAAGUCUGUUUAUGCAAAACGCUUUUAUAUUCGCCGGAUCUCUGGUUUUCAAGUUCGGACGCUCAGAAGAUGUUUGGGGCUAAGUGUUGAGAAUUGAUAUUCAGGGCCACUUACUGCACCUUUCAGCACAGCACUCAUCGCCACUAAAUGUAUUUUCAUCUUAUCAUCCAACUUGUAUCUUAAAACUCCGUACCAUGCCAUACAAAUGGAAGAACAAAAUAAUAGAUCUAAAAAAAAAAUCACAACAAUUUUUAUAUACAAUAAGCGACUCUACUUUACUUUGUUCCAAAUCUUCCGAUCACUCAUAUAAAUCAAGCCGAAUAUAGUUAACUUAUAGUUGGUCUCUUUUUGUCUAUGCAGCCCAACGCCUACGAAGUAUUACAUAAUAUUUAUUCAUUUGCCAAUUUGGGGGUACAUAAUAAGUAAACAUUUAAUAAAUCAGUCCCUUAACAAUCGACUGUCACAGACAGUGUGCAAAUGUUUUAAGAAAUAAAAAUUAUUUUACAAUUUCAAGAUUUAAAGAAUAAAAAUACAACAAUCAGAAAUAGGUAAUAAUGGACAGAUAGGUUUUUGUUUAUUUUGAUAAGUUUCGUGAUCUGUUUACCGAUUUAAUGCAAAUUUAAAUAAAAUACUGUGUUUCUACACAAGCGCUUAGUUCCUGAAAAAAAAGCCAUCGUCUUUUCAUAGUUACU